UGAUCUUCAUUCACUUCUGCAGGCUGAGUUCAUCAUCCUUUCUCUGUCUCAUAUUAAACAGAGCGGGUUUGCUAUUCUCAUAUUAAGCAGCUCUUUGUUUCCACAGAUAUAUAUAUAUAUAUAUAUAUAUAUAUAUAUAUAUAUAUAUAUAUAUGUCCUUAACUUGGCUAACACAGCUUUCACUGUAGCUACCUGAUGCUAACAGACUUAGCUGCUAGCCGGGUGUUGAUUGAACAAACACGGAUCCUCUUGUGUUUCUUUACUCUGGAGGCUCUACACCGAAGACGAGCACAACCAACAUUUACCCCCCAGCAAGUGAAGAGCUGCAUUUUGUUCAUUUCUCAGACAAAAACAACCUGAGAGAAGAUGGAAGCUCCUCCUGUUUCAGUGAUGCCUGUCACUGGAGGCACCAUCAACAUGAUGGAGUACCUGCUGCAAGGCAGUGUGUUAGACCAGGCACUGGAAAGCCUCUUGCAUCGCCUUCGAGGUCUGUGUGACAACAUGGAACCUGAGACCUUUACAGAUCAUGAACUGGUUUAUCUUCUGAAAGGCCAACAAGGGAACCCUUUCAUUCUGCGUGCCCGGCGGUCACUCUCCCACCCCACAUCACCAUGGCACCUACGCUACCUAGGCCAACCUGAGGUGGGCGACAAGAGCCGCCAUGCCCUGGUGCGCAACUGUGUUGACGUGGCUGCCUCUCACAGCCUGCCGGAGUUCCUCAAUGAGAUGGGCUUCCGCAUGGACCACGAGUUUGUGGCCAAUGGACACAUAUUCCGCAAAGGUGUUAUGAAAAUUGUGGUUAGCAAGCUGUCACGCAUCCUGGUGCCGGGGAACACGGAGAACACAGAACGUCUAUCACUUUCAUACCUGGUGGAGCUGAGUGUGUUGGCUCCCGCCGGCCAGGACACUAUGUCAGAGGAAGUGCGCAGCUUUGCUGAGCAACUUAAACCCCUGGUUCACCUGGAGAAGAUUGACCCCAGCAAACAGAGACAUUGAAUGACAUCAUUUAGAGUGGAAGUCAUCUCUGAAUACCAUGGACAAAUUGACCUCCUGUUUUUUUUACACAAUGUUUACAUUUGAACUAAAAAUAAUUAAAUACAAUUCAACUUUGACUUAACGGUUCCACUUCUGGUCAAUUUGUUAUGUGAAAAUGACAACAAUUACGACAGAAUAUCACUGCACUCCAUCAUUUUCCAACAAAGCGUGGUCAUAAAAGUUUUGACAUGGUACCUUGUCACUUUUUCAUCAAUAAAUACUGCAUGGUC